AUGAGUAAACGUGAGAACAAGAAUACCGAUAAUGUUUCUAUUCUUCUACCACAAAUAGACACGCCAUCAUGUAGUCAUUCACCCACAGAUUUGCGAACAAACGAAAAUAAUAUAUUAAAAUCGGACGCAGAGCAAAUAGUCGAAGACAACGAUAUUGGCUACUGUUUCGGUAAAAAUUUAUGUGAUGAAAUAAAAUUUAAAUUAUUAACUGCUCAUUGGUCACCAGAUGAAAAUUACAAAUUUCCAAUCACUACAAAUCGAAAAAAAAAUUUAAAGUUUCAAUUAGGAUGGAUUAAACGUUUUCCUUGGGUUGUUUAUUCAAGAAUUGGUGAACAAGGUGCAGUUUGUAAAUAUUGUGCGAUAUUUGGUCGCAAAUUUGGUGGCAAAGGCAGUCACCAAAAACAACUUAUUACAUUAGUUAUAAGACCUUUUAAUAACUGGAAAAGAGCGGUUGCGAAAUUUACAGAACAUAGUCAAACAGAAUUUCACAACUCUAAUGCUACGCGCGCAAAUAAUUUUGUUGCUGUUUAUUCCAAAAACUGUCAAAAUAUUAUUCAAAAAUUAGAUUCUAGUCAAAUUGAUCAAAAUAGAAAGAUAUUAAUUUCUAUCAUUCAAACAAUUAUUCUUUGCGGGCGUCAAGAAAUAGCUUUACGCGGUAUUAGCGAUUAUGAUGGACCUCUCCCUUCAGACAAUUCUGAACCUACUUACAACGAUGGCAAUUUCCGAGCAUUAUUGAGAAUGCGCAUUUCGUGUGAAGACAAAAAUCUAACACAUCACAUUGAGAAUCAAGCGUUAAAUGUUACGUUUGACGAGGCAGCCGACGUAUCGCGUGAUGAACAACUGUCCUUGUGUGUACGUUAUACAGACAAUAUUGGAAGAAAUGAAAUCAAUAAUUAUGUAUUGAAAGAAGACUUCUUACAAUUUGUACCGGUAAAUUCUACCAAUAGUCAAAUUUUGGCCACAGUAAUUCUAGGUACUUUGAAAAAUCUUGGUAUAACUUGCGACUAUUUACUUGGCCAAGGUUAUGAUGGCGCAGCAGCCAUGAGUGGUAAUUUUAAAGGAGUACAGUCUGUUAUAAGAGAACUACAUCCCGCUGCAAUUUAUGUCCACUGUAGUGCACAUUCGUUAAAUUUAGCACUUGCUCAUUCGUCAUAUGGUACCAACAUCAUUCACCAUAUUCGUAAUUGUAUUGGAACUAUACAAUCUGUGGGAAAUUUUAUUAAAAUAUCUACUAAACGAACUGAACUAUUGAAAAAUAAAAUAAAACAAUUUCUUCCUCAAACUAAAUGGACGGAAUUAACUUCCAUGAUUGACACUAGGUGGGUUGAAAAUCAUGAUGGUAUGCUUAGAUUUUCAGAAAUAUUUAAACCUAUUGUUGCAACAUUAGAAGAACUACAAUUAUUUGUUGACAUUGAAACUUCGUCUAAAGCUUUACAGUUAUAUAAGUGUGUGACAGCUAGUGACUUUAUUAUAAGUAUGAUAACUGCAACCACACUUUUUUCUUUAACUUUGACAUUAUGUAAAAUGUUGCAGUCGGUAAAAUGUAAUUUAAUUGCAGUAGUAGAACAUGUUGAAAUUGUUUUGAGUGAAGUGAAAGAUAUGCGAAAAAAAAUCGAUGAAAAUUUCAAAGAAAUAUUCAAUAAAUCAGAACAAUUUUUCAUGUCCGUGAAUGAGGGAGAAAAAAUAAAAAUACCGAGAUUAGUAAGUCGUUCAAAAAAUACAAUUAAUGUGGAUACCAAAAUUCCUGAAGAUUAUUUUCGUGUUGAAAUUGCAAUUCCAUUCUAUGAUAAUUUUAUUAGACAACUUGAAGAACGAUUUUACAAACACAAGACGAUUUUAUCGUCUUUGUAUUUAUUAAUACCAAAAAUGUGUUUGAAAUCUCCUAUUUUUGAACCAGAUUUUAGUUUAUAUUCAGAUUUUAUAAAUGUUGACUCAAUACCUUCAGAACUAAAAUUGUGGAAAAGAAAAUGGAUUGCAUUCAAAGACAUAGAAGUUCCACAUUCAGCUGUAGAAUUAUUAAAUCAUUGUAAUCCUGAACUUUUUCCAAAUAUUCAUUUUUUAUUAAAAGUACUAGCUACACUGCCGGUUUCCACAUCAAAUCCCGAACGAACUUUUUCGACAUUAAAACGUGUCAAGACAUUUUUACGGAAUUCUACAGGACAAGAAAGACUAACUGGCCUAGCUCUAUUAAGUGUCCAUAGAGAUGUUACUGUCAAUCCUGAAGAAGUGUUAAACCGGUUUGCUCUACAAAAAGAUAGGAGCUUAUUAUUAGCUUAA